AUGAUGGACUCCCUCGCCUGGGUUGACGGCAUCGCCAAUCCGAUUACCCGCGUCGCAGACCAAGCCUGGUCAGACUCGCAGAUCUGCGGCGGCAAGCCGUUCUGCGCCAAGCCUUUUGUCAAUGCGCCGACGUACCACCUCAUGGACCAGCACGGCUGCGCCGAGAACGAUCCGAACGGGCCCGUCUUCGACCCGGUCCACGGCGUCUUCCAUCACUUUUACCAGAUCCACCUCGCCGCCCCGCCCGGGCACGACAACCGGCACGCGGCGCACGGCCCGGACUACGGCCACUUUGUCUCCAAAGACUUUGUGUCGUGGGCGGCAAUGCCCGUCGCCAUCUGGAACGGGCUCGACGCGUCUGCCUGGCCUCCCCGGGCUACUCCGUACGACAACCAGGCACAUCUUGACGGGCUCCGCAGGCGGCGGCGCACGGGGCGCCUCCUCACAGGCGAGGGGCCGGGCAUCGUCCAAAUCUAUCCAGGCCUCUGCAACAAGGCAGACUGGCCCGCAUGCGAGACGGGCACUCUGCUCGCGCAGGCGGCAGCGGCACUCUACCUCCCGACGGCGGUGCCGGCAGACUACGCCUCCGACCCGCUCCUCGCCAACUGGACAAAGCCGAGCUACAACCCGAUCAUGGAGAACACGCAGCGCGACCCGUCGACGCCGCAGACGCCGUCGGGAGAGUGGCGGCUGCGCACGUUCAACUCGAUGGUGUACGGCUCCGCGUCCAGCAAGGACCUGCUCGCGGGCAAGUGGUACGAGAUCGGAAAGUCGGACGACUUUCGGCAGUGCGAGUGCCCGAGCGUGUACCCGCUCCCCGCCGCCACACCGGGCAGCGGGGCUGCGCACGAGGGCACCGAGGCGGCGUAUGAGGAGGCCAGGCGGGCUGGGAUGCCGGACACGGAACUCUUUGCGCAGAAGCGGAUCGACCAGGGCAACUUUUACGCGUCCAAGGACAACGAGCGGAUCAACUGGGGGUGGGCGACGGUUCCUCCAGCGUCGGCCCAGACUCUGCCUCGGGAGGUCACUUUCAACGCAGAGGCGCGCGCGCUGCAGCAGUACCCGAUCGAGGAGAUCGCCGGCUUGCGAGCGGCCGCAGCAUUCGACAGGCGCCCGCUCGCCGCCGGGCGAGGCGUCGCUGUGCGGGGCAGUGUCGGGCUUGGCAUCGGUUGCUCCGUCAACUACACGGCCGGCGCCGCCAACGCCUCCGUCGCGUGCGGCGGCGCGCACGCCUCGCUGUCGCUGCGAGCCCACACCCGCCCGCUUGACUACUGGCGAAUGGCAAACUCCAGGCACUGGACGUUUGUCGAGGCCUACUUCCAGCGCGGCCGCGUCGCCAUCACCGCCAAGGCCGCCUUCUCUCCCGACACCGUCGCUUCGCUCACGUCCAACGUCACCGUCGCCGCGGACGUGUCGCUCUUCCCGAUGAAGUCGAUCUGGGUCGACCCGGACAAGAUGUUUGAGCUUGAGGACAGGUCCAGCCUCUAG